UCUGGUUCCAUGCCAGCGGGAAGGGUUUAAAUGGCACCCAGCAGUUGGCGUGAGGGGCUGCAGGAGCUUGGGGGCCAGUGGCAGGAACGAGCCUCUUCCGACCCCAUGGAGCUGUAUGAGACACCCCCCUACUUCUACCAGGAGCCCCACUUCUACGACGGGGAAAACUACCUGCCCGUCCACCUCCAGGGCUUCGAGCCGCCGGGCUACGAGCGGACUGAGCUCAGCCUGAGCCCCGAGGCCCGGGGACCCCUCGAAGACAAGGGGCUGGGGACCCCCGAGCACUGCCCGGGCCAGUGCCUGCCGUGGGCGUGCAAGGCGUGUAAGAGGAAGUCCGUGUCCGUGGACCGGCGGCGGGCGGCCACGCUGAGGGAGAAGCGCCGGCUCAAGAAGGUGAACGAGGCCUUCGAGGCCCUGAAGCGGAGCACCCUGCUGAACCCCAACCAGCGGCUGCCCAAGGUGGAGAUCCUGCGGAGCGCCAUCCAGUACAUCGAGCGCCUGCAGGCCCUGCUCAGCUCUCUCCGCCAGGAGGAGCGCGGGCUGCGCUGCCCGCGGGGCGGCCCCCCGGCGGGGACCAUCUGCUCCCAGCGGACCCUGCGGACGCCCACAACCUGCACUCACUCACCUCCAUCGUGGACAGCAUCACCAUGGAGGACGUCUCUGUGGCCUUCCCGGAUGAAACCCUGCCCAACUGAGGUGGUCUGCGGCCGGCGGCCAGGGGCCCACAGGCUGGCCACAGAUGCCGCCACUGGGGCACGGAGGCCGCCGAAGCCAGGCUGUCCUGAUGCCAGGAGGCCAGCCUGCCCCUCUCCUCGCCUGUCGAAGGUUAAGCCACCACCCAGAGAGGGAGUGGGCGCUCUCACUUGGCUGACUGCUCAGAGCUCCCAGGGCCAUCCCGGUCCAGGGAGACAGAGCAGGGGACCAGAGUGCUCUCGGGUGCCUCGCUCAGGGGCAAACUCAGGAGCUUCCCUUCGAGUAUAACUCAGCCUUCGGCUCCCCCUCCCCCCAAGGCCAGUCUGAGCGACAGAGUGUCCUGACCCGGACACACGGUGCACCUCCGUCUGCUGUUCCUGAGGCAGUGGCUGGGCUGGGCCUGCCCUGACUCAGGAGCAGGAAGAGGUGCCCCGUCCCCCAGUCCCCGGGGGCCAAGCUUCUGCCGUGAACACUGGGAAACCCCAGGUUUUAUGUUGUUUGUUUUGCGUGUUGUUUGUGAAGCUGCCAUCUGACCAAGGUGUCCUGUGCAGAGUUGCCAGGUACGGGAUGGGGGGCGGGGCUCUUGGGGUGACUUCCUUUGAUAACUAAGCAUUGUGUGGUUUUGCUAUUGUUUUGUAAUUUUUUUUUGCUAACUUAUUUGGAUUUCCUUUUUUAAAAAAUGAAUAAACA